CUUUCCAAACUGACACCAGUCACUCGGGGCUCCCGGAAAAGUCGACACUGAUGGCUUGGCCAGUUGCCAAUGCGUUCUCCCUGUAGCCAUCCAGAAAUUGCACAUCUCUCCAAGCUUCUAACACCAGCGGCCUCUCUGACUGUGGACAGUUUACAGAUGAAACUGUUGACAAGGACAUUGUCUGACCGGAAGACUAUCCUUUCCUCCGCUUGUUCCAGUGUUUCCCAGCGCCAGGAUCUAUGGAGAGCUCAGAGUGGAGCCGCAGGCGGCAGCAGCAGCAGUGAGCUAGCAGGUGCUGAAUGAGUGAACGGCCUCGGCAUGUGGGGCUGGGAGAGGCGGUCACUGCGGAGUGCACCCAGCAGCCAAUGCAGAAUUUCAGGAUGGUAGCAGUGAUGAGAGAGGCUGAUGAAGAAAGUCAAAAGCAAUGGAGAAUGCCACACCUGAACCAAUGUACGUUGAUGUGGACAAAGGUUUGACAUUGGCCUGCUUUGUUCUCCUGUGCCUCUUCCUGAUUAUGAUGAUUAUCCGCUGUGCCAAAGUGAUCAUGGACCCAUACAGUGCCAUCCCCACAUCGACCUGGGAGGAGCAGCAUCUGGAUGACUGAAUGCAACAUGGGCACAGGGGGCAAGUUUAAGAGAUUCCUCAUGCUGCCAUUAGAUAAAGAUGCCCAGUUUAACACGUCUGCUUGAGCAGACAGGACUCAUUACAAAUAUUGAACCUAAUCGUCAAAUCCUGUGAAAGUGUUUACUGGAAGUUGCAUGUGUAUAAGUGCCUCGGCAAAGAUUAUGUUUGUCUUAAAUGACCUUUUAUGUUUAUAUUGUACAGUUGCACUGGAUCAAUAGAACUGUAUAUCUUACACAUAUCAACAGUAGUCUUAGGGUAGCACAGGAUAAAUAUGAAUCAAUUAUCUGCUGUUAAAUAUAAAGACAUAUGACAAAGCCUCGGCCUAUGCCUGCUAAAUCCUAUGUCAUAAAAUCCCUAAUUCUCUAUAAGCAAUAUAUAGCAAUGGUAUCAGUUUGAAAGGCAUUGUGAAAAUCUCUGUUUUCUGAAAAUUGUUUACAAUUGCUGGUGCUUUCCUUGACUUAUAACCUUGCAACCUCUCAUUACGGCUUUAUUUGCUAAUGUCCUUUAAAAAUAACUCAAAGUUUGUGUUUACACCAGAUGACUUUUUGAUUGACCCGUUCCACAAUGGGGUACCCAGUGUAUUCUCACAGUUUGGCUCCGUUAAAUGGACCAGUGAUGGUAUGAUUAUUGUUUGUUCACACCCUGGACCAAAUCACUUCAACUGAGAGUAAUACACAUCUAUGUACUAACUGUCAGCUAUGCAUUCUUGGCCUUAAUGUUAGAUCUGCAAGGUUUCUGCCUCCUGACCCCAAUAGCAGCUUAUAGCCAAUGGUGAAACUGUAAGGAGGAGGAGCUAAUGGCUAUAUCCAUAUAUAACAAACUUAAAA